AGCUGGCAGCAUCCGGCGCGCCUGGGUCUCCUGCUUCCGCCACGAGCGUAGGACGCUGCGCUGUGGAAGCGCUCACCUCCAGGCCCACAAGUGGGGAACUUCCUUGUGUCCUUCACAAACGGCAGUCGUGGCAGAGGGUGGGUUCCCUGGUGGUAGUUUUUAGAGCUCGUCUGUCACUGACUGCUCCUGGGAACGGGAAUAAAACUUUAAUGUUUUAAAAAGAAGUUCUUGGACGGGCUGCCUUCUGAGCCAUCGAGGCUGGCUUUGCAUGGGUGGUUAUAGCAUAGGUUGCUUUCCACAGUGCAUGCUUUUGCACAUACAGAGAUUUCCCAGGUAGAAUAAGCAGGGUGAAUUUAUGUUGCAGUGACAGCUCAGUCAGGUGCUGGAAGUUUAAGUGAGAAAGUAGCCAGGAUGGGAGAAUUACUGACUGAUGCACCUUUCAGAUGCUAGAGGACCCCGAUGAGCUAGCAGUACUGGAAGAGAUCCAACAAGAAUUGAUCUUGCAAGAACAGUCGGUCAUAGAAGAGUACGAGCGAAGCUUGCAGUUCGAUGAAGAAUGUCUCAACGCAAUGCUUGAUGGCUUGGAUGCCAGCGACAAGGUCAUCUGCCCAGUGUGUAGAAAGAAUAACCUGACCAUAAGGAAUCACUUGGUUUCUUGCCAGUGUGGAUUAUACAUCAACACGCAGGGUAUGACAGAAAGGAAACUUCGGUCACUUCUAGAAAACACUGUGACAGAGCACAGUCACAGGUGCUUUCACAACCCAGAGUUCACGGUGACCAGUGGAAUGGAGGAGGAAGCCAGUCUUCUCAUGAGCUGUCCGGAGAUGAGGUGUAAGACACACAAUCAGCUCUAACCCCAGAUAGCCCCUUCAGCCAUCUCAUCCCGAAGCUAGGAAUGCUACACGGCAGGCAAAGCCCCAAGACCGGUACUAACACUGUGCCUCUCCCCUCUCAACGCGUGCCUGAUGACAAGCACAGGCAUGCAGAAGCAGGAAAUCCCCUAAGACGUCAGUCUACCAGCAGUGCCCUGAGGUAACUCAGCAGCCUGAUUUUUACAAAGAUCUAAAAACCUCUUCUGUGCGGUUCUAAAUCUGUCUUCACACAUCUGUCCAACCUUUGUCAGCUAGGACUGGCUGCGUUUACAAGAUAAACCACAAAGAUCAGCCUGGAGCUGAAGCUCUCAAUUUUAUUCCCCUUCCCCCCUUUUUUUUUUUAAAUCCCUACUUCUCUUUGUGACACCUCACAACGAGAUCUGCAAGUUACUGACACGCUAUAUGAAAUCUGUCUUGCUUUGGCCAUUCUUGUUUACCCCUCUCAGGUUGCCAUGCUGUUAGAAGUUAAGCCAUGCCUCCCUUCUCUAAUGUUACUCAAUAAAGUGGCCAAUAAGCCGGUUCAUUGAUCAGAAACGCCAGGUCAGGAUGUGAGGAAUGCAAUGGAACAUCUCCCCAGAGAGUGCAAACACAAAGCCUUAAUUUUUUGUGUUCAAAAAAGAGAGGUUAAGAGGAGACUACAUUUUCUACAGAUUCUGAAAACCAACAGACUAUAACGAGGGUUAGAUUCAACAGCAGCACAAUUACACUCCAGUCAAGUGGAGUCACAGGCGAGUCGCAGCCCAGAGCUGGCUGCGGCUGACACGCGACCAGCG